CUUCGUCCUCACCGUCCCCGCCGUCUUCGCCAUCCCUGAUAACUAUGGCCGCAGUGGCUGGGCUGCCAUCGAGUAGGACCUCACAGUCCCCACCAUUGCCGGCUUCCUCGAAUGGCAGGGAAAGGCCUCUACCUCCGCUACCCACGGGCACUGUGCAGCACAAGUCGCCCUCGACAGCUACUCCGAUGAUAGCCAAGGCUUCUACUGUAGCACUAGGAAAGCGCAGAGCUGCAGGGCUCCUAUCUUCCUAUGAAGGCAUGCGGCGGAUGCUUCAUGACCCCUCAGCUCUUUCCCUACUGCUUGUGGCUACACAGUGGCCAUCCUUCCACGACUUACUCAAUACGUGCAGGAGUUUCAGGCAGAUCUUCACUCGUCCAGAACUUCGUGAUGUCAUACUUGCUCAUUUCGUACCGGGCUACAAGUUCGCUUUGGGGAACAGACAUAUCACAGAGCUCUCUGUGGACAUAACCAUCGAGGACCUCGCUCUAUUUCACCUAUCCCAGGAAUUUCCUCUGCACAUUUAUCCCAUGCAUGCUCUAGCCAUCCUGGGUUCCCCUCGUUAUGUAGUGGAGAGACCGCCGACUGACCAUUACACGACAAAGUUGGUGUCCCUGGCACAGACACAUACACGCAUAGUUCUGCUACUCCAAGCAUUGGUCCACAGUGGCUAUGCAGUCACUUCCCCUUACGACUCAGACGACUUCACUCUUUGGCCUAACUCGCAGGGUAUGCCGACAUCGCCUGGUGUCCGAGAACUUGUGUUCCCGAAGCCGCUUGCUGUCUUCGAAUCGGAGAACUCGCAUCAGAAGGACCGCGCGGACAUACUUAGCUCUGCGCGGUCGAGUGGCAGGCGUGGUAGCACAGGCACAUUGCGCAAACGGUACUCGACUGCCGAGCGAUCUCGUGCAUCCAGCGAUUUUUCGAUGCGCAACUCAAAGUCGCGCAGUCGCAACUCCCUGCGUCCGGUUCUUUCGGUCCUGAACGGGGGCCCCAAGGUUCCGCUGCCACCUCCGUCCGAGAGGCCUCCCGCCCUUGGCUACUACGUUGGCAGCUGGCGGCAGACACUGGUCCAUGGGAGGUCUACCUUUAGUUCGUGUGUUGUGUCUGAUGAAGAGGAUGACCCAUUGCCGAGACCUCAGUUCCAUGAAAGGCGGUCGUCUUCCCUGCAUCGGUCCCUGGAGUCAUCUGCCGGCAGCACCAGUCCGUCCCCGUCCCGGAGCAAUGCUCAUACGGAUUAUACUACCGAUGCGUCUAGCAUCAGUCCCAGGGAAACCGCGAAACCAUUGAAUUCGUACGGAUCUGCCGGCCGACCUCCUCCCUCAUCACUGCAAGACAUCUGCACGUCGACUUCACGAUUCCGUGCUCCGAUAUUGCGAGUCUUUGUGCCUUGUCAGCAGUUGGACGAGACCGCUAUAACCGCAUGCGAAGAGCAGUUGAUAGACGCCGACCUGUGGAAGUCCCUGUCUGCGGGCGACAUCGUCUGCAACUUCGGAUUCGUUCCGCCUCUCGAACACGACAGCGCUUCCCAGGUAUCGACUCCUGUCUCAAAAUCCGACCGCGAACGAGCUGGUCAGCGUCGACGAUGGCUGCUGUUCAACGGCUACUGCCUUGUACACUACAUUCCACCCUCUCCGCCACCGGUCGAGAAUAGCCUAACACUCCCGUCCCCGUUCUAUUUUUCCCACAUCCUUCCUCCGUUCUCCGACCCACGCUUUGUGCUCGCCUUGCCUCCGCUGCCUAGCAACUUUACGGGGGCUCGCUCGCUGCGCGGCCGAACGCACUCGGACGGCCCCUAUGCGCAGCUGACGUUGUCGCACGUUCGUUCGCGCGUCUCAAGCCCACACAGCCCCGGCGGGUACGCGGUCGUCAAAAAGUACAUCUGGCUUGCCCGGAUACCCUAUGUCGGCCCGCACUCCAAGACGGAGGCAGGCGAUGCGCUAGGGGAGGGUUGGCAGGGCGAGUGGGUUCUAGAGGCCGAGGGUACCAAGGAAGGCCGCCAGAGCUUGUUGGACGCCGUCAAAGCUUCCGAGGACGGCACCACCCGGCGUAGUCUCUGGGAUGUCGUCCGCGAUAAGUCUGGCGGUGGACGGAUAUGGAUGAGGCUGAUUACCCCGAACAUCGACUCUCGUGCUCCUGACUUUACGACUGACUCCACGCGUACCAUGAACUAAUCUAUUAAUUGCUGUUUGUUACACUAGAUCUUUUGUUAGACCCUGGGCCUCUUCAACCCCUCCCGUUUCGCUUCCUCUCACAUUCCCGCCGCUAUACUACACCGCCAUACGUCAUCAUGAUCGCACUGCAUUCGCGCUGUAACUAUAUUCCAACCCACGAUGCGCGACAGUUCACGCCCGACCUGUGCUGUACCCUCU